AAACAUGUCGACAAACAAUAACAUCAUCAUUGGCUACGUGCCUUUGAUAAUGGGACGAAAAGAGAACAGCUAUGGCCACACAAAUAUUGACAAAUAUAGAAAGCAACUCGGAAAACAGGAGUUCAAAGGUAGGAGCAAAAAGCAUACGAUAGCUGAAAAGAAUCGUGCACAAUCACGUUCAACGGAAAGCAGCUACUUGCAGACGGUAUUGUUGUACUGUAUGAUUAUUCUUGUUUCUCUCUUGGCCAUAUAUGCCCUCUUUUAUGCCAUGCUUCAAACAAAACCCAAGGAUGGCAUGUUGAAAGAUAAAAUAUAAAUACAACUUCUUCCUCUUUUGAAGACAAGAAAUUAACAAUUUUGAUGAAAUUGUCUCUUAAAGUAAGACAGUUUUGCAAACUUAAAUAAUUUUACUAAUUGUAAUUUGGCAUAUAUAUUCACAAAAAUUAUAAAUAGUAUUUCUUUUCCUG